AGAGAGAGAGAAACAGGGAGGUGUGUGUGUGUGUGUGUGUCCACGAGCCUCGCCAGCAGCGCUCUCGAGUUACAGUUGGCGCGCGCUCCUCCGUCGACCACCACAGAUUUGCGGCGUCUCUCUCUCUCUCUCUCUCUCUCUCUCGUGUGUGCCGAUCCCUCGCGCGCCUCCUCGUCUUUCGUCCUCAGCCUCCUCUUCCUUCCUCCGCCGCCUCGUCCCCGUCACACUCCUGUCGCGCGCGCCGGAGUCGCGGGAAUGUCGGCCCCCGGCAGGAAAGACUUCGACGUGAAGCAGAUCUUGCGCAUCCGCUGGCGCUGGUUCGGCCACGCGACGUCCCCGCCUCUGGUAGAGGAGCUGCUCUCCAGAACCGGCGACCUCCACCGUCACCAUCAGCACCACCAUCCGCACGCGCUCGGGAGCUCGAGCGCCGCCUCGGCGAGCAGCUCGAGCGCCCACGUUAACUCGCCCGUCGGCGAAAACCGAAAUAAGUUGAGCGCCUCCGCGUGUGCUCUUCCUCUUCCUCCUCCUCUUCCUCUUCCUCCUCCUCCUCUUCCUCAUCGCUCCGCCAGCCAGCAGGAGUGCGGAAGCGCCGCGUUCACGUCUCCGUCGCACUCGCGCUCCGCUUCCGACGUGACACGCGAGGGCACCGAGCUCGGCAGCGGCAGCGCGAGCCACGGUAACGCCACCGCCGGCGAGGACGAAGAGAACAACAACGCCAGCGGCGCGAGCAAUAACAACGCCGAGAGCGAAUCGAGCUCGUGCAGGACGUCGAACAGCAGCGCGACUCUGUCCUCAUGCGUGUCCAUGGAGCCGUGCGUGCCUGAUGAACUCUUCCAGUCGCACAGCCACGCCGAGCACACCUUCAAGCGCAUGGAGACCUACCUGAGGACCCGCAAACUAUGCGACGUGGUGCUCGUAGCCGGGGACCGCAAAAUACCCGCGCACAGGUUAGUCUUGUCCUCCGUAUCCGACUACUUUGCAGCCAUGUUCACCAGCGACGUCCGAGAGGCCAAGCAAGAAGAGGUGAAGAUGGAGGGAGUGGACCCAGAUGCAUUGUGGGUGUUGGUUCAGUACGCAUACACGGGGCGGUUGGAGUUGAGAGAGGACACCAUCGAGUCUCUGCUGUCGGCAGCGUGUUUGCUGCAGCUCUCGGCCGUGGUUCAGGCCUGCUGUAGCUACCUGAUGAAACAGCUGCAUCCGUCUAACUGCUUAGGAAUCCGCUCAUUUGCCGACGCCCAGGGCUGCCAGGACCUGCACAAAGUAGCCCACAACUACACCAUGGAGCACUUCCUGGGUGUGAUGAAGAAUCAGGAGUUUCUGCUGCUCCCAGCGUGUGAGGUGGAGAAGCUCUUGGUGUCGGAUGAUAUGAAUGUUCCGGACGAGGAGACGGUGGUGUCCGCUCUGCUCAGCUGGGUGCGGUACGAUUCCACCAGCCGCCAGUCACAGCUCCCUGCUCUGCUUCAACACGUCCGUCUGCCUCUGCUCAAACCCCAGUUUUUAGGGGACAUGGAGGCCAACCCCCUGCUGAGGGACAGUGUGGAGUGCCAGCGCUUGAUCAUGGAGGCCAUGAAGUACCACCUGCUGCCCGAGCGCCGGCCGCUGCUGCAGAGCCCGAGGACGCGGCCACGGAAAGCCACGGUGGGGACGCUGUUCGCCAUCGGAGGCAUGGACGCCACCAAGGGAGCGACAAGUAUGGAGCAGUACUGCGUACGGCGAGACACCUGGAGGCAGGUGGGCGUGCUGAGUGGGCGGAGACUACAGUUCGGCGUAGCAGUCAUUGACCAGCGGCUCUACGUGGUGGGCGGACGCGACGGCCUCAAGACCCUUAACACGGUGGAGUGCUACAACCCGCGCAGCAACACCUGGAGCGUCAUGCCCCCCAUGGCUACGCACCGCCACGGUCUGGGUGUAGCCGUGUUGGAGGGCCCCAUGUAUGCAGUAGGAGGUCAUGAUGGUUGGAGUUAUCUGAGCACAGUGGAGCGCUGGGAUCCUCAGGCCAGGCAGUGGAGCUUCGUCGCAUCGAUGGCCACGCCCCGGAGCACAGUGGGCGUCGCUGUGCUUAACAGCAAGCUGUAUGCAGUAGGAGGGAGAGACGGCAGCUCGUGUCUGAAGUCAGUGGAGUGUUUCGAUCCUCACACUAACAAAUGGAGUGCUUGUGCUCCCAUGGCCAAGCGCAGAGGCGGCGUCGGCGUGGCAACCUGGAACGGCUUCCUGUACGCCAUCGGCGGCCACGAUGCCCCCGCGUCCAGCCUCACCUCCCGGCUCUCUGACUGCGUCGAGAGGUACGAUCCGAAGACGGACACGUGGACGGCCGUGGCCCCGAUGAGCGUCAGCAGGGACGCUGUGGGCGUGUGUUUACUCGGGGACCGGCUGUACGCCGUGGGAGGGUACGAUGGCCAGGUCUACCUCAACACUGUGGAGGCGUACGACCCCCAGACCAACGAGUGGACUCAGGUGGCGCCGUUGUGCUUGGGUCGAGCUGGAGCCUGUGUGGUCGCUGUCAAGCUGUGAUGCUCCGCCCCCUGAGGACUGUUUCCGUGGUGAUUCUUGUACAGUUUUCUCAUUGGACAUGGAGGCAUCAGAACGACCUGAUCUCUCUCUCACUCACACACACACACACACACACACACACACACACACACACUCACACUAACCUUCAUCAGGAGGAAUGCUAAAAACUCAGAGAUGUGGGUGGCACACACACACACACACUCACACACACACACACACACACACACACACACACACACUCACACUAACCUUCAUCAGGAGGAAUGCUAAAAACUCAGAGAUGUGGGUGGCACACACACACACACACACUCACACACACACACUCACACACACACACACACACACACACUCACACUAACCUUCAUCAGGAGGAAUGCUAAAAACUCAGAGAUGUGGGUGGCACACACACACACACACACUCACACACACACACACACACACACACACACACACUCACACACAUUAACCAGGAGUUCAUUUGUUUCAUUCAGCCACAGAUAAUCUCCUCCUCAUGUCUUGGGAUUCUUUUUUUUUUUCUUCCACCAUUGAUUUCUGCUUGUGUGAGAAAACAAGGGAUGGAUGGAAUGAAGAAAUGAGUGAAAGAUGGAGGGAUGGAUGGAAUGAAGAAAUGAGUGAAAGAAGUAUGGAUGGAUGGAUGGAAUGAGGAAAUGAGUGAAGGAUGGAUGGAUGGACAGAAUGAAGAAAUGAGUGAAGGAUGGAUGGAGGGAUGGACGGAAUGAAGAAAUGAGUGAAGGAUGGAUGGAUGGAUGGAUGGAAUGAAGAAAUGAGUGAAAGAAGUAUGGAUGGAUGGAUGGAUGGAUGGAAUGAAGAAAUGAGUGAAGUAUGGAUGGAUGGAUGGAAUGAAUGAAGAAAUGAGUGAAAGAAGUAUGGAUGGAGGGAUGGAAUGAAGAAAUGAGUGAAGGAUGGAUGGAUGGAUGGAUGGACGGAAUGAAGAAAUGAGUGAAGGAUGGAUGGAUGGACGGAAUGAAGAAAUUACCGAUGGAUGGAUGGAUGGAAUGAAGAAAUGAGUGAAAGAAGGAUGGAUAAAUGGAUGGAUGGACGGACGGAUGAGACACAGUGGGUCGUCAAUAAAGCCGUGGAUGGAUGAGGGGGAAAAAAAAUAUCAGAUUCCUAACGGACCACUCCUCCUUUUCUUGUUUCUUAUAUUCUGUCGUUUCUUCUCUUCUAAUUUUUUCCUCAUUCCUGAUAUUUAUUUUGAAUCAUGUGCCUUUUUAUGUGGCCUUGUGUAUCUACUUCAUAAUGAGAGGAAUAGAAAUAUAAGAAAUAUAUGAAGUGUGUGUGUGUGUGUGUGUGUGCUCACGUGUGUGUGUGUGUGUGUGUGUGUGUGUGUGUGUGUGUGUGCUCACGUGUGUGUGUGCUCGUGUGUGUGUGUGAGAAUCUGUUUUUCUCUCUCUCUCUCUUGUUCUUUGACUUCAGUCUGUCAGCAUGUCUUAGUCGAGCUGUCAAUCAGAACCCACGGAAAUCUCUAGAAACCACAGAGUUCAGAACACUGGGGCAGCCGCCGCAAGGCAUUGUGGGUUCUGAAUAAUAGCAAAAGAGGGGCUAAGCUAACACACCUGUGUCCAGUGCUGUUUAAACUACAUGGUUAAAUAUUACAACACGGACACGCGUGUGGAAUUAGCUGUCAAUCAAACCUGUGUGCUGUUCUGAUUGGCUGUCAGGUCAGGGUUCCCUCUAGUUCCCCAGCAGGUGGUGAGAGGUGGUAAACAGUCCAGAGGGGUUGUGUGGAUGAAGAGACGGAGGAAAGGAUGAUGACAGUGAGACGGGUGGAGAGUGAGACGGGUGGAGAGUGAGACAGAAGGUAAUGUAGCAGCAGAAAAACAAGGUAGGGUCUGAAAUAGGAGAUGAAAGGCAGGAAAACCAGGACAGAAACGAGGCCAGUCCCUGAGCUCAGAAUGGAAGACGCGUAGAAGUGCGGUCUCGCCUCCUUUUGGAAUCUGAUUGGCUUGAGCGCAGAAUCAGACAGUGAUGUUUACACACCCAUCAGAUACGAUAGAAACCCCUCGUCAUCACACGCUCGCAGAAUGCUGAGAGGAAAUACAGAGAGAAACCUGAGAGAGAGGAAACUCAGGCCGAGCUGUACUGCUUCAGUAGCUGCACCGAUCAGCCAUAACAUUAUGACCAGUGAGAGGUGAGGAGAUCAUCUGUCUUAUUCACCUCAUCAUGGCACCUGUUAGUGGGUGGGAUAUAUUAGGCAGCAAGUCAACAUUUUGUCCUCAAAGUUGAUGUUAGAAGCAGGAAAAAUGGACAAGAGUAAGGAUCUGAGCGAGUUUGACCAAAGGGCCAAAUUGUGAUGUCUAGACCACUGGAUCAGAGCAUCUCCAAAACUCUUGCAGCUCUUGUGGAGUGUUCCCGGUCUGCAGUGGUCAGUAUCUAUCAAAAGUGGUCCAGUGGUGAACCGGUGACAGGGUCAUGGGCGGUCAAGGCUCAUUGAUGCAUGUGGGGAGUGAAGGCUGGCCCGUGUGAUCCGAUCCAACAGACGAGCUACUGUUGAUCAGAUUGCUGAAGAGGUUAAUGCUGGUUCUGAUAGAAAGGUGUCAGAAUACACAGUGCAGGACGGGUCAGCAAAAGGGGGACCAACACCAUGUUAGACAGGUGGUCAUAAUGUUAUGCCUGGUCAGUGUACACAUACUGCACACCCACUAGCUUCAUCUCCUCAUUUAUUCCAUCAAUAUACCUCCUCUUUGGCCUUCCUCUUUGCCUUCAGCUCCAUGUCCAACAUUCUCCUACCAAUAUCCUCACUCUCCCUCCUCUGGACAUGUCCAAACCAUCUUAAUCUGUCCUCCCUAACUCUGUCCCCUAAACGUCCAACAUGAGCUGUCCCUCUGAUGUCCUCAUUCCUAAUCCUGUCCAACCGUGUCACUCCCAAAGAGAACCUCAACAUCUUCAGCUCUGCUACCUCCAGCUCUGACUCCUGUCUCUGUCUCAGUGACGCUGCCUCUAAACCAUACAGCAUGGCCGGUCUCACCACUGUCCUGUACACCUUCCAUCACACAGAACUCCCGACACCUUUCUCCACCCAUUUCAACCUGCCUGCACUCGCUUCUUUCCCACACUCUCCAUUACUCUGGACUGUUGACUCCAACUCCUGGACCUUCUUCACCUCUUCACCCCUUCACCCUGUAAUCGUUCUGUUCCACUUCCCUCCCUGUCAUUCACACACAUGUACUCAGUCUUACUACGACUGACUUUCAUUCCUCUUCUCUCCUUUGUUUUCUUCUGUAUUGUAGAUCCAAAAUGGAGAAAUUGGUGCAGUUCAGAUUGCAGUCACCAAAACACUACAUCAUAUCAUUCUGUGUAUUCAGGGGGCGGGGUUUAUUUACUGUGUAAUUGUGUAGCAGUUAUGAUUUUAUUGACCUGUUUCUACCAUAAUAUUUCACUUUGUUUACAUUUUUUCGUUUGUUUAUUUAUUACAUUUUUCAAAACCGGUUUUGUUCAUCUUGGUUAAUGUAACAAACAUGUCAACGUUUUCCUAAAAGGUCGUCGUUGUAUGAUGGAGAUCAGAUGUUAUAUAUAUGUAUGUAUGUAUAUUGUGUGUGUGUGUGUGUUGGGGGGUAUGUGUGUUUAUGGGGCGGGUGUUUGUUCUGACAUUGGGACGCCUCAUGAGUGUAGCAUCAUUCCCAAACGUUAGCUAAUAUCCUUUAGCUAAAUUUCUAGUCCACUCCAUUAUCAGUACUGGAUUGUUGCUAUGGUUACGUCAGAGGUCGUUACCUCACAACACACUAUAGCGACAAAUAAAUGCAUUCGUUGAACUCAUUCGUUUGCCUUUAAUUAGAAUGUUAUCCUGGUCAGAGCCUACAGUGUGGAUCUGGAAGAUGGUUACAAUUCCAUUCCAGAAACAUUUAGAUCUAAAAUAUUCCCUGGAAUUAUACUCUGGAAUAUACUUUAGUCUUUAGUCCAGGAACUCUACCAUGUUCUACAUAUCCUGAAAUCACCUGGAAAUACGAUGAUCCUUAUCCUGGGAAAAUUUAGUAUGUAUUUUGUUCUGGGAAUCCCGGGAUAUAAUAUAUUCCUUACCUUAACCCUUGCCUGGGAAUACUGGACUAUUUACACUGAUCUCUGGAAGCUUGGAUACAAUAUUCCUGAUUUUGGGAAUGCUGUGCUAUGCUCUGUUUCAGGAAAACUCUGGUGUGCUAUAUUCCUUAUCCUGGGAAUACUUGAAUAUACUACAUUUCUUAGUUGUAAUAUCUAGGAUCUAGUAUAUUCCUUAUCCCGGGAAUACCGGAAUAUACCCCAUAAUCCAGGUCUCCUGGAGGUUUAAGCCAGGAAACACGAUCAUACCCCACUGCACCAUGGUGUAGAUUCAGGUCUAGUCUUAAUUCUGACCUGAUUCUGUUGUUACACUCCAACACACUACACCCACUGGUUAAGGUUUCAGUUUUCUUUGACGUCCCAGUAGAACAACAAAAUCGGCCAAUCAGAAACGAGUAUUUUCCAUGAUGGAAGUGCUAUAGCUAUAGCUCAGAGUACAUGUGUUACAUAAAGGAGAAGUACGUGUAUAUAUGUUUCUGUACAGCAUUGUAUAAUAAAUAUUCACUUCUUAUGGA